AUGCCACACAAAGUCAUCGAUUCAUAUACCUCCAGCACGACGCUAAGUCAGGACGGCAAAAGUGUCAAAAUCCACAAUGUAUCCUACGUCCCACAAGUAGCACCCCAAACAGUGCAAUCCUCCAAGCGGUCGGGCAAUGUAGUGGUUCACAACCACGGAAGCCGCACUUACAACGAGAUGAGGCGUUCCGAUUGGGAGGCUGCGCGAUGGAAAUAG